AUGGAGGCUCAUUUCACGUAUUCUGUGGACUCGUCAGACGAAGCCGACGAGGACAGCACGGUCAUGGCCGCUUCGGCAGCGGCAGAAUGCGCCAUAUCAACGACAUGCGACAGCAGCCGCGGAGCCGAGUGUGCACGCCGCUGGUGGCGGCGACCGGCCCGCACGCCGGCGGCUCGUGGCAGCCGGCAGCGGCGGGGGCGCCUAGGGAGGUGGGAGUAAGGGACGGCCUGCUGGGAAGGGGAAGGGUAUGUUUUCCGCUCUCCGUUGUGCGAAGAGCAGUAAUGAAGCCAACGCAGCGAGCAAAGUCAGCCCCAUCGCAGUGAACAGUUUCAUGUACCAGGAGGGCGGUAGCCAAGUACCUUGCCGUCAGCGUGUGAGAAUUGCGGUCGGCGUCACAGCAGCAACCGUGUAGAAGGAAGGCCCCCCGCCACAGCAGUUUAUCCACUAUGUAGCUUUUUCGAAAGCUGCAGUUUUAAAGCGGGACAGGAGGCGGUGAAGUCUAAUACUGUCUUCUGUUUGUUGUUGCGUUUGUUUGCGUCCCGUGUUGGCGUUGUUAAUUUCGAACGCGGAGCGUGAUUGUAACGCCGCGCUCCCUUUGGCUGUGCGGUGCACUGAUUGUUGCGUGUCUGGCGGAAGGGAUGACGCGCGACUUGAAUCCGAUUGUGAGAGUUGUUUGGUUGUCGCUCCGACAUGGGUUACUGGUGUGGGCUAUGGUUUUGCGGACACGUUCGCGAGGGGUCGUUAUCCCAUGUACUUUUUUUUGUCAUGUCAUUGUUUCUUGCCUGCUGUCUUGGGGGUUGUUUUUUCGGCUACAUGGUCGAGGCAAAAUACCCGAAGGCGAUCAACGUUUAGUUUGUUUUGUCUCCCGUGACGUUGGAUCGGGUUCGAUAGGAAAGUACAAGUGUCCCUUUGUUUUUGUUUUUUUUUUAAAUCAGGGCGGCGUGCGCAACUUCUUUCUUGGCGUGGUUCCGUUUUUUUAUUUCAUUGAGAUUUGAUUUAUUUGGCAUCUAUACUAGAGGAGCAGGUAGCCUUAAAGGUUGCGGGGUCCGGGUGGUGUCUGUGCUUGGUUGUAUCCCUUGUGUUUGGUGUUUUUCUUCCAGCGGGGGUGUGUCUCGCUCUGCCUGGUGUCGAUAAACGAGAGCGAGUGCAACAUGCACUAUCACUAAUCGAUUAAGCGG